AUGGAUGUUGAAAAAGUGUUGCCAACAGUGCUAGGAAUCGAUUUCGGAACGACAAAUACCGUCGGCGCUUUCCAAAAAGUGAGGGGAACGAAAAAUCACGAAGUUAUCGUGAGACAUAAUGACACGAUCACUACGGACGGUUAGUUUCAAGAUUUUUUCGUGGAUUUUCCUCAUUUUAAGACCACAAAGACUCGCGAUUGCUUCCCUCGCAAGCUUAUAUCUUGGAAGACGGCGAGACCCGAGUUGGGACUCACGCCAAAGAGCAAUGUGCUCGUUCCUCCCUUCCCACAACCUCCACUUUUCAUCCGGAAAACCGAGUUUACGGUAGGUUAUUACAUAGGCGGGAAAGUUCCUUUGAGGACCCUUAAAAGGAGCUGAAAAGGGUCCUAAAAUGGAAAAAAAAAGGAAAAAAAAAAUCUUCAUCUCAAAAAUCUCCCUAGGGCGGACUUCUGCGUUCUAUGGGUAGUUAUUUGAAAAUAAACUUUCUUCGGUUUCUUCUUAAUUAUAGCCUUUUUUUAUCUCCCUGGGACAUUUUCAGUUGAUAUCUAGCUACUUUUUAGAAAAGAACGUGAAAAAAAAAUCGUCAUCUCAAAAAUCUCUCUAGGACGGACUUGUGCGCUCUAUGGAUAAUUAUUUUUAAAAAAAAUAUUUUUCUUCAGGGUUUUUUUCUUUUUUUAUUCAAGAUUGUUGAUCUACUUCCAUCCAAAACCCCUUUUGAAUAUAUGAGUAUAGGACAAAAGCGCCGAUUCAAGAGCGCCGUUCAAAUUUAGCGCCAGUCCGCAAUGCGCCGUCGCGUGUAUGCGCCGUGUAUGCAGACGCCGCUUUCUUUUGCGCCGAGUCCGUUUGCGCCGAAUCGUUUUGCGCUGUUAUUUCAAACUUCUAUUUUUUUCGCUCUUUUUUUAUAUUAAUUUUUUUAAUAAUUGUUUACUACACAUUCAUAUACGACUCGAAUGAUUUUUCGCGCCAUCCGUUAAUGAUGAGUUUUAGGUCUACUUUGGUCCAGGUAAAAUAUUUUUUCCCCUUUUUUCUUUUCAAAGUAAAAAUAAAAAAGCAAAUAUGCUUUUCUGAUUUCGAAAAAUACAGAAAACGAAAGGAAAAGAGAAUGGAUAAAAAAAAAUUAUUGCUUUAAACGACAUACUGAGUGAUUUUUUUUGUGGUUGCAAAUUUUCUGCGUUAGGUAAGGCAAAGUUUCAAUUCUAGCAGACGUGAAACAGCAGAAAAUCGUUUUUCGUAACGUUAAACUCAUUUUCUUGAAACAAUAGUUCGAGUUUUUUCGAAAAUGCGGCAGAAAAGUCCAUAUUAACAGAUGGCGCGAAAAUCAUUCGAGUCGUAUAUGAAUGUGUAGUAAACAAUUAUAAAAAAUUAAUAUAAAAGAGCGAAAAAAUAGAAGUUUGAAAUAACAGCGCAAAACGAUUCGGCGCAAACGGACUCGGCGCAAAAGAAAGCGGCGUCUGCAUACACGGCGCAUACACGCGACGGCGCAUUGCGGACUGGCGCUCAAUUUGAACGGCGCACUUGGAAUCGGCGCUUUUGUCCUACACUCGAAUAUAUUCAGGAUUGAAAAGUUUCCUAGAUUUUCGUGCUCUGAAAUAUUUCUCGUUUUCUGAAUUUCUUUUUUCCCAGAUUUUUUUUUCGAUACACGGGGUCAGUCUCCGCGCAUGCGCCUUUAAAAUAACGGAAUUAUCAAGGAUAAUUUAAAGGCGCAUGUGCGGAGACAGGUCGCGUGUAUUGAAGGGGAAGACUUUGUAGAUUUGAGGAAAAAUGCUUGAUUCGUGAUUUUUUUUCUUCUUCCAAGCCACAAAAUCUUCUUUUCGAUACACACGGUCAGUCUCUGCGCGUGCGCCAUUUUUGGAAAAAUUAAAGGUGCAUGCACAAAGACAGCCACAUGUAUUAAAAAGAGAGGCUCUCUAGCUCUGUAACAAAAAAAAUCGCGCUUUACCGGAGCGAUUUGGAAAGAAUUACAGAACGGCUAGCUUGAGCCAUCGAAAAAAAGGGUCCUGGCACGAUAAAAUAAGAGAGAGUGUCUGGUUGAUGGAGAGCGCAGACAGGCCAUAACAUUCCCAUUUUUAAGCCAACAAACGGAUGCUGGGCCGUCGUUUGGAAAGCGUGAUACCAUUCGCAUCCAAAGUGGAGUACAAUAUCGUCGAAAAACCGGACGAACCCUGCAAACUACCGUACAUUCUGGCUACUGUAAACGACCCGUCCAAAUCUUAUAUCUCUCCUGUUCACAUUGCGGCGAAAAUCAUCAAGAAAGUGGUCGCCGCCACGAAUAUUGCCCUUGCCGACAACAUUACGGUAGGUUUUGAUAAGUAUUUUUCAGAAAAAAUGGGGCUAAAAGGGGCUUUCUUCUUGAAUUUUGCAAAAAAUCUGCGCUUUCUUUUUUUUUGGCAAGAUAGUUGGAAUCAUAGAAAAAAAAAAAAGAAGGAAUGUUUUUUUUUUCGAAAAAUGUGAAAUUAGCGCCUCUAUUCGGGCUUAGAAGUGAAGAAAAUAGAACGUCAUCUUUCGAAUCUACUAAACUAGAGAGCACUGGCAAACAAGAGAGCGUUAGAGAAAAAAGCUAUCGACCUCUCAUUUUUGAACGCUCUCUAACCUUGGAAGACUUCAAGUCCGGAUUUUUCUGCGCCCUCCUCCUCUCUCGGCGACCCUCUCAAGUUGACGCGCUAUUUUCUCUUACCUCGCCAGAAAACAGAGAGACGCAGACACGCAGACAAUGAUAAAAAGGAAUUUAUGAGUGGAAGAUGUUAAAUAAACGCCUAAAAAAACAAAAAAAAAACGGAAAUUUUUCCUUAUUCCGGUCAGAAAGUCUGUAGAAACGUUCUGAAAAGAUGAGAGAGUUUAGAGAAAAAGAAACGCCCGCCCUCUCAUCUUAUAACGCUCUCUAACUCUCAGAGAUUAUAAUGACACCAAAACCAACCUCAGAACGAGAAAGUGCAGUACGCGGUGAUCACGACGCCGGCCUACUUUUCCGGAGCCCAGCGGCGAUCGACCAGGUUCGCCGGCGAACUGGCCGGUCUCAAAGUGCUGGCGAUCCUGGACGAGCCGACGGCCGCCGCCAUCGGUUACUCGUUUUUCUGUCCCCAGACCAAAGGACCGCAGACGAUCCUCGUCCACGACAUGGGCGGUGGCACAUUCGAUGUUUCGGUUGGUUUUAUUGAAAGGCAUAGGGGUAGUAAAAAACGGGGUUUCAGGUGAAAUUAGUAACUUGUAGAGGUUUUUCAUUGCGAUUUGAACGGUUUACUUAAAAAAAGUAAUAUGAGAACUAUUAAAGAAAAACGUGAUUUAACUUUCCCGCCUUUCAAUUUUCAAAUCUGCUUGGGAUCGGUGUACAAAAUGUUUCUUACACGCGCACGCAAAGUUGCGGACGCGUCGGUAGACUCGAAAUUUGUAAGAAAUAACCGGGUAUCUGCUUCAAAUAAUAGUUUUUUUCUUUUUCAAAAAAACCCCUCAGACAAACAAAAAAACACACGGAUAAUAAAAAGAAACGCAAAAUAUCGGUUUCCCAAUCGAAACUUGUGUAAAAUCAUCAUUUUUCACCAAAGAAGCAUUUAACGAUUAAUUUUUGCAAUUAUUUUAUAAAUAGAAAGUUUUCAUAACAAAAAAAACAUUGAUGGAAACAGAAAAAAUUGAAAUUUGAAAGAAACGAAGAAAAAAGCGAAAAUACUCGAAUGCUGAGCAGGGUAACCCAGCCGUGCUAACACGGGGUCUCAGCGGGUACCCCCGUAUUAAACCCGUAUAAGCCCAGCUGAUAGAACUUUUGGCACUUUUUAGCCCAACUGAGACCCCGCUUUAGCCCAGCUGGGUUACCUAUUUUUCUUACACCUGUUGUUUCCCCGUCCAACUGAGACUAAAAUAACCUCAGAAACACGGGUUCAAUACGGGUACACCCGUUGAGACACCUGCUCAGCAUGCGAGUUUACUGCAAAGCGCUCUUUUGGCGCGAAAAACUUGUUUUCAAAGAAUUUUUUCUCCGAAAAUAGAGAAUUCUGUACAUUUUCAAGUAUACUGUUUGACAGGCAAGGAAAAGAAUCAAAAAAUGACAAAAUUGUCUCAAACCUCGUUGUUUUUUUUUGUGUAUAUCUUGCUCGGAGCCGCUUUAAUAAUAAAUCCACAUCCUAUAAGAGUUGAUUGAUUACUUUUAGAGGUCGAAAAUGGUAUAGUUUCUCAGAAAGUCUCAAGAAAUAACCCAGUUCUUCAGAUUGUCGAGCUGAAAGACGGCGAGGUCCGAGUGCUGGCGAUCGCCGGCGAGAACUACCUGGGCGGGGAAGACUUCGUCGAGGCAAUGAUGAUCUACCUGGUCAGCGAAUGGAGACACCUUCCCCCCUUCAAAAGCAUCAAGGAGAUUUAUUACCAGAAAAACGUGCUCUCGUUGCUCCCCCGCAACACCCGCGUAAUCCUGCGCAACAAGUGCGAGUUUUGGAAACGCGAGGCGGUCAACCACAUUUGCCACUCGAAGACGGGCAGGCCCCCAAAAGCCGUUCUCGAGAAGUUUCCGAAUUACGGAGUGGAACUGAACCGAGAAGUGAUGCGCAAAAUCUGCACCCAGACGAACAUCGUCAACACGAAGAAGUUCGUCGACGAGGCCCUCAGGAAGGCCGGAAAAACUGCGGAGGACAUCGACAAGGUCCUCCUCGUCGGAGGGUCCUACAUGCUCGAGAAAAUGAAGAAUUGCCUCGAAAUGGAGAGUUCCAUUUUCUAUGCAGGUACGGGAUCAUUUUCAGCGAGAAAGGUUUUUAAUUGACACCCUGAAACCUUCGUUCUUGAAAAACUAGAAGUUUUAAAAAUUGACUUUUUAGGUAUAUUUGCAUUAAAGGCAUGGGGGCAGUAAAAAAUGGGGUUUCAGGGGAAAGCAGUAUCUUAUAUAGUUUUUCUUUGCGAAUUGAAUGGUGUACUCAAAAAAAUUACAGGCGUGACAACUUUAAGAGAAAAACGCGAUUUUACUUUCCCGCCUUUAAUUUUGAAAAAUGCUCUAUAUCGGGAUACAGACAACUGUUUACAGUAGCCGUGCACGCGAUGUUGCGGACGUCUCAUUAG